AUGCGCGGUCGAGCCGCCAUUCUGGCGUUCGGCCUGGCGCUGGUUCCGGCCGCUGCGUGGCGCGAGGUCUGUGUGAUCGGUGCCAAAAACCUGCCGUACACCGACCAGCUUCCCAAAGACCCGGCGCCCGACCCAUGGGUGAAGGUCGAGGUGGACGGAGAAGAGCUGUGCCACAGCGAGUACAUUCCAAACAAGCAGAAUCCGCUCUGGAAAAGGGUCAAGCAGAACGGACAGUACUCGGAGCCCGCCUGCUGCCAGGUGAGCGAGUCUCAGGCGGACGGCUACUUUUGGUUCUCUGUGUUUGAUGCGGAGAACGUCAAGUGGUACGGCGACUAUCUCGGCUCGUCUGGCUUCCGCCUCGCCGACGUCGAAGGCACCUUUGACCUCGAGCUCCAGAUCGACGGCAAGUCUGCGAUCGACCUGCCGGAUGCAGACUUCUUCCCGCUCAGCGGCAACGACCUCAAGCCGGACGCGUGGGCCAAGGCACGGGAGGGCGUGACUCCCGCCUCGGCCCCACCGCCCCCGCCGGCAGGAGCGAGCGAGGGCCAGAUCUACGUCGUCUCCCUCUUCGACGAGGACGCGCUCUACGGCAUGUCCGACUACCUGGGCUACGCUGCCGUCUCCGUCUCGAGCUCCGACGGCGAGCGCACGCCAUGCGAGCACACGGUCGCCAUCGAGGACGGGUAUGGCCAAGGCAAGCUCAUCGUCUACAUCGAGAACCAGCCGGCGAGCCCCGAAAAGUACGAGUCUGGCCAGACGCCGGGCGUGCCGAUGGCGCACUACGGCGAGGACUGCUGGGACAAGUGCGGCGGCAAGGGCGGGCCCUGCCCCUCCUUCUGCGGCCACCGUGGCGCGUGCUGCCGCGACGGCCACCAGGAGGAGGACUGCCCGGUCCACGACUGGCAGGCGCCCGCCGGGGCGGCCUUCACGGCGGGCUCGUGCGGCUCAAGCCGCCACUGCUGCGUGUUUCGGGACUCGAUCGAGCAGGCGAUCUCGGAGGGGCGCGCGCUCAUCGACAACUCGCGCUACGUGGUGCACCGGCGAGACGUCGCUUCCGCGCCGUCGCCGCCCUCCUCCGGCUGGUUCUCGAGCUGGGAGAGCGAGAGGUUCCGUGCGGUGUGCUUUGUGAGGGGUGUUUUGGAGGGGGCGUGGGGGGCUGGGCGAUAG